AUGACAGGUAGUGCUGUCGCAAAAUUUCCUUUAAAUCUGACCAGUGUGAAUAUAUCUCAGGAGAAUAUUUUCCCCGGUGUUCUAAAAGGAGGUUUCUAUCAUCCACCGACUUGUAGGAAUAGAUUCAGAGUCGGGAUCAUUGUGCCUUACAGGAACCGAGAACAAAAUCUGGGUAUUUUCUUAAACAACAUCCAUCCGUUUUUGAUGCGUCAGAAGCUUGAAUAUCAAAUAUUUGUCAUCGAGCAAAAUGGUAACGGCCCAUUCAACAAAGGUCGCCUAUUCAACGCAGGAUAUAAAGAAAUGAUAAAGUUUAACAAGUUUUUUUGCGUCAUAUUCCAUGACUUGGACUUGCUGCCUCUUGACGAGAACAUUAUGUAUAAUUGCCCGACUUUACCCAGGCAUAUGUGUGCCCACGUUAAUGACACCGACAUUCGAAGGAAAUUUAAUAUAACAUACUCAUAUAAAUCCCUAUUCGGUGGUGUGGUCUCAAUGACUAUGGAACAGUUUGAGAGGGCCAAUGGUUUCUCCAACUUAUACUUUGGAUGGGGGGCAGAGGACAAUGAUAUGUUCUGGAGACUUCAUGCUGCCGGGUACCCCGUGGUGAGAUAUCAAAAGACUGUGGGAGUGUACCUCGUGUUGCCGCAUAAAAGAGAACCAGCCAAUCCUUACAGGUAA